AUGUCUUUUAAAGCUAUAAUACUAUUGUGUUUGAUAGCACUUUGUGCUGAAAAAGCUUUAGGUGCAAUUUUUGAAUUAAAAAUUGAAACACCUGAUGUACAAUUUUGCACUAUAUCAAAUGGAACCUAUAAUGUUGAUUUUAGUGGUCCAUUCUUUAGAUUUUCCGAUUCAUCUUUAGCAGAAGAAUAUAUAGUUAGAGACGUAGUAGGUGGAUUUUAUUAUAUUAAUCAAGCAGGAAGAAAUGCCAGAUUUCACUUAGACGAAUUCAUUUACAAUUCUCUCUAUGGUAAUAAUUCCUAUGAAUAUGCAACCAACUCAACCCUUGCAUGUGCUUCUAAUAUGGCAACAUAUAUGUGCAGUUACACUUUUGUUGGAACUACACCUCCAUGUAAUGCACUUUGUGACCCAGUAGCUACAUGUGCAGAUGGAUUUACUUAUGGAGGUCAAGUUAUUCCACCUGCAUCUGUUUCAGACUGUGAAUUCCAAGGUUCAAGUGCAUCUGAUUGCUCAGCAAUUAAUAUGAAAGGUUUAAUGGGCGACUGGAAACACAAAGUCGUAGAAUUUAUACCUCCAACUAUUGAUAUACAUCCAGGUGGUUUAGUAAGAGGAUCUUUGUUAGGUUUUGGUGUUUUAAUCGGACUCUUAUUGGUAAUCGGUUCAUUAGGUGUCAUCAUGAAAUUCCAAAAUAAAUAA